ACUCGAUGGAUGUCACCUGUAAGAAAAACCACGAUGGAGUUUAUCGAAUGAAGAGGGAAAAUAUGAUUUGACGGCCCAUGAUCUUUUGCCGCGGGCUCGAGCUUCCUAGCGCUGCAAUAUGGUGGCAAUAGAUCGUCGUCCGCAAUUCAUCCCACGCUUGCUGUAUGGGGAGUUGAUUGUCAAUGGCCAAUCAUCACUCCCAGAGAUACCUCGUUCCAACCUUGUUCCUGUGAAGAUGUGAAAGCUCCGGUUCUAAGCGAUUUGCAGGGUAUUGUUUCCUAUAUCUCGAUCCUUUCCGUCGCGAAUCGACAGCUACAGAUAUAGUGUCGGCGAGCAAAGCAUGGCGCCCCACGCGAAUUUCUGGCACAGUGAGCCAGAAACACUACCUACACCCAAGGAACCCCCUCCUUUUGCUGGCCGCAUCGGUGCGAACCAACAGUUCUCUCUGGAGAAAAACAACUGUACAGAUACGGCGAUACUGGAAAAAUACCCGGAUGCGGCCCCGUGGGUUCCAUGGAGAAACUCUUUAUCACCAAAACAAUUCCUUGAGCUAGGGUUGUGGAAAGCAGCGGCCAUUGAAGGCGUAGGGACCUGCUUGCUCGUGUAUCUAACUAUCCUCUUCCCCAUGGGGCUGGCGCAAAAUAUGAAUAACCUUGCGACCGGCCCCGUGGUGCCCACCUUAAUCGGCAGCCUGGUAGUGAUGUUCAUGCUCCCUUUAUUCAUCUAUGCUGUCGGUCCGGUUUCUGGAGCUCAUCUCAACCCCAUGAUCAGCCUUGCUGCAUUCUUCGGUCGCUUGAUGACGUUCCCGAGAUGCGUUCUAUACGUUGCAUUCCAGAUAUUCGGUGCGGCCAUCGCCGGUUGGCUGGUACGAGCGAGCCUUGAUACGAGAUCUUUCAUGGUCCCAGGCUGUUAUAUGGAUGUCAACCAGGUCUCAGCCGGUAGCGCGUUCGUGAUUGAAUUUGUCACGGACGUGGCACUAAUCUUCCUCGCAUUUGGCAUUGGCCUUGAUCCGCGGCAGCGUGUAGUAUUCGGACCGACAUUAGGGCCCAUUUUCGUCGGGAUUGUGCUAGGAGUGUGUAUUUUCUCGACCGGGAUCAUUCGUCCAGGGUAUACCGGGUUCUCAGGACAUCCUGCCCGAUGCUUCGGAGCGAUGGUCGGGUCGCAUUUUGCGUCCUAUCAUUGGAUACAGUGGAUAGCGCCACUGUGCGCGUCUGUCACCCAUGGGUUAUUGUACUAUUUCAUACAGCCAUAUGAGCGGAAAUAGGUAUGAGCCGUGACCACAGGAAACCCCUUGCUCCCACGACCGCCAAAAACCACUUCGAUGAUGUGUUUGGUGCCUCAAUCCUCUAGUAUGGCAUGACAUUUGAGGAGGGGAGUCUGGGUUCCAUACUGUGGGAUUCUGUUUGGAUUCUCAUGAGAGUUGAAGAGAUGCGAGAGGCCUGGGACAAAAGAUCGACAGAUUCGAGCGUCAUGGGAAUGAGAAUCAUGUGUUUCCUGUCAAAUACAUUCGUGUAUGUAUCGAUACCGUCAUGUGCUAAAGGGUCCAGCUAUCAAUUAGAGUUUGAUUUUGGGCGGGUUCGGGUUCAAGAUCUCGGACCCGCGCCCGACCCGACAAAUCUAGACCUAAAUAGAUAAGACAUUAUCUAUAUGGUAAUUAGAUACCAUAACUAUAUAGUUCCGGGCUAG